AUGACCGAAACCUCCAAAAUUGACCAUCUUAUCUCCAUCCCUGAUGUUACCUCUGAUGACUCCGAGCAAGUGACAGACAACUGGUCUGGAUUGAGUGACCCGACCGAACGCCGUCGGCGACAAAACCGCAUAAACCAGAGGGCUUACCGGAAGCGCAAGCGACUGUCAUCAACCAAAGACAUCCACCCCAAGAGCCUAAAUGUAGUACCAUCCGCUCGUUCGACCUUUACCGUGCAGUCACAAGAUCGUUCUUCCCAAGAUGAUCCGAAACUCACCUUCUGCCGGAGUCCCGAACAUUUACAAAAUAUCUUAGAGAGAUUCGCCAAGUCAGCGUUCGAAAGUUACGCGCGAGGAGACCCGACCGCCGAUCAUCUUAUGACGCUAACGAAAGUGAACGUGUUCCGUGCAUUCGCCCAGAACUUGCGAUUAAUCGGCUGGUCGGAGUACUGGAUGGACCAUGACGCCAUUUCACCGUUCAAUACAGCUCUGCCACAAAGUCCCUCUGUCCCGGGCAAUAACAGCCUCAUUCCGACCAACCUGCAGCCUACUCGAAUUCAAAAAUCGAUACACCAUCACCCGUGGCUGGACUUCUUUCCUUUACCCAAGAUGCGCGAUAAUCUCAUUGAAGCGGGGGAUGAUUGGGAUGACGAGCAACUCUGUCACGAUAUCAUGGGUUUCUGGGGUGAGUCAACGAUGGAUGCAGGACUGCUAGUUUGGGGAGAACCUUGGGACGUGCGGAACUGGGAGGUGACCGAGCCAUUUCUGAAGAAAUGGCAAUGGGUUGUUCGAGGGUGUCCUGAAUUGAUGAAUGCAACAAAUAGUUGGCGUGCCCGUCGAGGGGAGAAACUAAUAUUCCGCUAUAUUUGA